AUGGAACCAGCAGAGGUGGCAGCGGCAGCUGAAAUGCACACCAUGCAGACGCAAGGUGAGGAGCAGCGACAAGAAGCGCAGCGGAAGGAGGAAAAGGGGGAGAGGGACGAGAAACAGGAGCAGGCGAAUGGGNAACUUUGCAAUGGUGCAACGGACUCCGCUCCCACCACCCACGCUGACGCCAACAACACCAACAACGGUCUUGCACAACCUGAAACGGAGGCGGGUGUCCCCCACUCAACCGAGACGUCACGCGUCAUACGGCUUCAUGGCCUGCCCUAUUCCAUCAAGGAGGAAAACAUUCAUGCCUUCUUUUCUGAGUUUGAGCUCGCAGAGGAGGAGCCUAUAUUAUUCUUCACGGAGGGCAAGCAUCGCGGUACUGGGUUUAUCCGCCUGCAGAACGCAGAGGAUGUACCGGUAGUGAUUGGAAAACUUCACCGCCAGCACAUUGAUCCCAACCGCUACGUGGAACUUACCCCCUCAACAGAAGAGGAGCGUCAGCGGACAUUGGAGGAGCAAGAACAGAGCUGCAAAAUUCAUGUGCUGCGGCUGCGUGGCCUUCCCUUCGCCUCGACUGAAGAGGAUGUAAAGGAUUUUGUCGGCUCCAUCCUCGGUGUGGUGCGCAUCGAUAUCUGCCGUGAUAUGGAGGGCCGCAACACCGGAGAUGCCUUUGUCGAGCUUGCCACGGAGGAGGACGUCGAGGAGGCCAAGCAGCUGCACAACAAGACGAUGGGUUCGCGCUAUAUUGAGGUGCUCUCGUCCACGGUGUACGACCGCGAGGCGAUUAUGCGCGCGGCCAGUAUGCGUGCGCGACGCGACAGACGUGGCGGGCGUGGCGUGGACAACGCCAUGAUGGGGGGCGGCCGCAACCGCGGCGGUGCGAUGCCGAUUCUGCCGCAGGGCUUCUUCGACCCGCUGCUUGCCGCCGCGUACAUGGGCUACCUGCCGCCCGUCUCCUUCGGCGAGCAGCAGCAGCAGCAGCA